AUGGAGGAAGAAGGGUUGAAGGUGGGAAGGGCGGGUUCGGCAACAUUGGAAGUGGAGGAAGUGGGGGAGGCAGACAUCUGGAAGAGGAUCAGUUAUUUGUUGAAAUUAGGGUUUCAGCCUUCAUCUCUUAUCAUAUUUUCUACAUUUGCUACAUUUUUGAUACUUUCUCCCAUCUCAAUUUUAUUCGAAAGGAGUCAAUGGCCAAAACAUAUUAGUUACAAGGUGUGGAUUAAGCUGCUUUUGCUUUCUUUUGGAGGGGUGACUGUGUUUCAGUCUUUGUUUAUGAGGGGUGUUAGUCUCACUUCACCAGCAAUGGCAACAGCUAUGCCGAACCUUGCACCAGGACUAAUCUUUUUUAUUGCCUGGGGUUUCAGGUUAGAGAAAGUAGAGUUAGGAUGUAGGUACAGCAGAGUAAAAAUUAUGGGAACUUUAUUGUGCGUUAUUGGUGCUGUUGUAAUGAGCCUUAUGCAAAGUUCCGUACAAGUUCACUCAGCAAAAGAUUCCCAAGCCUCGUUAACUUCUCCACCAUCUGAUGACAAAUUUGACAAUCAAACGAUUGUUGGCUGCUUGUAUCUCAUGGCAGCAGUAUUUGUUUUGUCAAGUCAGAUUGUGCUACAGGCUACAACAUUACGUGAUUUUCCAGCCCCAAUCUCUUUGUGUGCAAUAACAUCUCUAAUAGGCGUGGUAAUGACUGGAUUGAUCGGGUUGAUUGAAGACGAUGGAUGGAAAACAGGAUGGCCUUUAUUAAGUAUUAGACAGCUAAUUGCCUACUCCAUACUGGCAGGUAGUGUAAGUGGAUUGUGCUUAAGCUUCAAUGCAUGGGCAAUGAAAAGAAGAGGACCAGUCAUGGUGUCUAUAUUUAAUCCCCUCGGAACUGUAAUUACAGUUGUUCUCUCUUACAUCACCUUAGGAGAUUCCAUUAGAGUAGAAAGCCUUGCAGGUAUGUGCCUCAUGUUCAUAGGUCUCUAUUUGGUGCUUUGGGCUAAAGGGAAGGAACAUUUUCACAUUGGUGAUGACAAUUCCAUGGAAAGUGAGUACGAUGUGGAGAAGCCCCUCUUAUCUUGA